AUGUAUAUUUAUAUCGCAAAGAUAUGUAGCGUGCAGGACUUUUUUAAAACUGGUUGAUGUCGUGAUAAACUGGAUUUUGCAUGACAAACAACCUCGCUGUAAUUGUGCGUUGCUCUUUUAUAUUGAAAUAGAGUUUCCGGUUCUAUGAAUGCCUCAGUCGUGGGCGGCGUCUUUUUAUUGGUUAUUGUUUAAAAACUGCCGUUUAUAUAAGGGUAUACGAGUAGCAAAGACUUUAAUCUUUUAAAAAGAAACUUUGUUACUGCAAUCGUCGAAGGAAGUUUUCGCAAAGCUUUAUAUGGUUAACGAAUGUACCUUGUCGGUGACAAACACUAGUCAAUAUCUUCAGUCGAAGAACUUCAUCAUUCUCAGUUCAGGAUAAAUAAAGCGAAAACUUUUGUGCCAUAGCAGACGUGUCGAAAAGUUCAGAAUGAAGAAAUAUUUUUACGAAGACCUGAAGGCAAUGUCAUCGAUCGCCAGAGAGGUCUGGAUGUGCGAGCAAUGCUCGGAAUUCGGCUACGAAAUCGAACGCCUGAUGACCGAACGGGAAAGACAAAACUUCACCGAAGAAAUGUAUCGUAAAUUACGUCAGGUGACGAAGAAAUGGACUUCUUGGCAUCAUAAAUCUUUUGGAAACGUCUCUUCUAGACAGUCUGUAGCGGAACUUUUGGCAUGGGAGCGAAGUACAACAUUACUCGUCAGUCCUGUUAUCAAAACAAGAAAUAACGCAGGAUCUCAAAACGUACUGGAGCGAUUUCAGGAACUCUGUCGGGACCUUGACGGACUUCAACAGAAUUUCACAAGCGAUAUAUUGGAUCCGAUGUGCGAUUUUUUUUGGCCCUCGACACAAAAUGUGAAACUAGAUCGCGUUGUUGAGAGUCUCAAGACACUUCUUUCUCGAUGGAAAAGCUUACUUGCUCCUGGUUGUAUCGACCAAUCACUUCUCUCCGAGUCGAGUUCAAAGCACCUACACACGUUCACAUUGAGAGGGCGUAUUUAUGAUUUUGAUGCCGUCAUUCGACUCGUUCCAGAUCUCCUCGAGAAGGCCAACCUCGCAUUAAAUGUCGUUCGACAAUGGCGUAUUAUACAUAAGGAGAUUUGCGUGUCGAGGCAGAAAAGCUUUUCGCUUUCUCCUCCUUCGACGGGUCGCUCGAAGUCAGGGUCAUUUGGAGAGCUCGAGAAACGUUCGAACGAAGACGAGCUUCGCUGCAGCAGCCUGAAAAAGGACAUAGAAACCUACCGGGAAAAAUAUGAACAGUUGCAAAAAGAUCUGAACGAGCACUUCAAGUUGUGUGAGCAAUUGGAGGAUGAAGUAAACAAAGCCGAGAUGAAUUGUAAUAUGGCUAAACAACGCUUUGACGAGGCAAAGAAUGAUUCUCGCAAAGAGCAAUGUAUAGAAGCCUUAAAACAGGACUUCAAUAGAUCGAAAGUCAAGUUCACAACACAACGUAUUAAGCUGGUAAACGCCCGUAAGCGCUCGGUUACCCUUUCGGAUAAACUCGUAAAAACUCGUAAGGAAUACGAAACGCUUAAAUUGGAAGGUGAAAUCUCGCAAAAUAAAUCGCAGGCGGUCCGAAAGCAACUCGAGUAUUUCCGUAAGAAUAUCAAAAUUCAAGCGGGCAUGGUUGAUAGCCUGCAGCAGCAAUGUUAUGCGUUGAAGAAGGAGUUGGACUCCUCAAAAGCGGGCUGUGAGAAGGUCACUCAAAGCCUGACCGACGCUCAGACAAAAUGCGACAGACUGGAAGAGAAGUUGCGUCUCAAGGAAAGCGAAUGCUUCAAAAUGAAAAACGAUCUUAAUAGCGCUUUGCAGCGAGAGCAAUUAGUUCGCGAAGAAAAUAUCAAACUCAAGACACUUAAGAAAGGAAUUUUUACGAACAGAAAGACCCCGUUACCACUGGAGAGAUGACAAGAAACUUUGUAGCUCACCUCUCUCCUUCAAGAUGGAAUAGGUGGGUACCUUUGCCAAAUUCAAUUCAUUGUUAGUUCGAAGCGAAAGGAGCAGAAUGGAAAGAGAAUAUUUUCACUCCGAAAUAAACACGACAGAACACUUGCAGUAUUUCUGGAAAAUGGAGUCAAAAUCCCGAGUAGACGACGGUCAGCGACGCAUUACGAGAAUAUUGGCAAAAUGUGACAUUCUUAACAUCUAAUUUAUUGUGGGACAAACAUCGCAUAAUACUAGUAUUACAAUUUGCUUCAUUGUAAGAAGUCAGUGAAAUAAUAUUACAAUUUGAAUAAUAUGUAAAUAAUUGUAUAUUUGUAUUUGUAAGUAUACUAUCUUAUCAACUGGAACAUUAACAACCUUCACCUCAGUA